AUGUUUGGCGAAGCACUCGCCACCUUCAAUGCAGAUGAGGUUGAGAGCAAAUCCGUCAAGUCCCUUAAGACAGAAUUGGCCAAGCGAAUCGGUGUCCCCAGAUUUCGGCAAAGAUGGUUCAACGAGGCCGGCCAUGAGUUGACUGAUGCGAGCGUUAUUUCUGCAGAUGUACAGCUUAUAGUUCUGGGUUUCUGGGCAACUGAAGGUGAACAUUCCUGCAAGCUCGUUUCCGCAUGUUCCAAGAAUCACUGGCGUGAAGUCGAAGAGCAGCUGCAGCUGCCCGUUACGCCAGACGCAGCAAAUAAACACGGAAGGACAGCAUUGCACGUUGCGGCGGUGGCCGGCCAUGAGCAAUGCGUUUCUUUGCUUCUGGAAGCAGCGGCCAGCUGUGACAAGACAGAUCGGUUCGGACAGACUGCUUUGCAUUUGGCAGCUGAAAAGGGCCAUCGGGAAGUGGUGCAGCUGCUACUUCAAGAACUGGGGCCACUGCUUUACACUUCGCAGCUGAGCAUGGCCACCGGAAAAUUCUGCGGCUGUUGCUCCAAGCUGCUGGUGAUAAAGAUAAAGCCAAAAAGGAUGGAGUGA